GACCGUCAUCCAUGGUCUGUGAGGAUGAACGCCUCCGGGAUUCACCACGGGGUGCUCAGGAUGUAUGGUGGAUUUCUGUUCAAGCAGUGGAAGAAAAGGUUCCUGCGUCUGACCGCUGAGGGCAGUCUCUUUGUGUGCCACGAUGCUCUGUCCCCCCCUGAACAGACUGUUCUGUUGCAAAGCAGCUGCGAGGCGAUUGUGGAAGGCAAGGAGAUCCUGGACCUGCCUAAACUACCUUCAGGCGCGUGCAGGGAGUGCUGCUUUGCUCUGAUCCUCCCUCAGAAUAAAUACUUGCUGCUGCUGGCAGAAAACCCCCCAGAAUGCAGUCAGUGGCUGAAUGUGCUGAAAAAGGUGAAAAUGAGUCUCUCAUCCCCCCUCAGUCCUUGCAAGCGGCACCAAAUGCUCCCGCCACGCCUCAUUCUUCGAGAUCUGGUGCCCGAACAAAUUCUGGACAAGGAUCCACCGACUCCACCUGUCAGCGACACCGAGUCCUCCUCCCCUGGACCAACAGCAAAUGCUUCUCCGAGGGAGAAUGGCAGAAAUUCCCCGCGUACAAAGACCUACAGACGAUGUGCACCGACCGUGGGAUGUCUGCGCCACGGCACCAUCAGCAACGCUCAGGCCAUGAAGGGGGUUUACCUGCUGAUGGGCGGGGCUGCCGCCUCCUCUGCUGUGGGAUACCUCGGAGCGUGCUCCUCCUUCAAUCUGGAUGUCAAAGCUGACCUGCCACUCAACUCAGACUUCUCCGGCGCCGGCCCGGCUGCGGGGGUGUGCGACAUCCGGAGUGCUGCGGUCGACUCCCCGCAUUACAACAGCUUUGACUUUGAAGUGGCAGACUCUGAUUUUGAUGCUUUUGACUGUGGUGGGUUCACUUUCUAACGAUGGUUACAGAUGUAUUUAAGAGGUCACAAGAAUUUGUCUGAUUUUGACAGAACCGUGUGAAAGCCUCAUUGCUUCUUCUGACAAACAGGUUGAUACUGCUGAUAGUUACUGCCACUUAUUGUCUUUAUCUUGUUGUAAAAAAGUCAUUUUUGGCACCUUUUGAGAUACAGUGGACAUUGUAAUGAGGAAAAAUACUGCAAAAUAUAUUAUUAUCGUAUUUUUCGGACUAUAUGGCGCAUUAAAUGAAACAAAGCAGUUAAACUUUACUCAA